AUGGAAUAUCGUAAUGCACUGACUUCUAAAAUAACAAUGAUCAAUUCGAGUAAUAAUAACAAUUUGCAUCCUCAUAAUCGACGAAAAAAAAGAAUAACAACAAAAAGACAAGAACUACCAUCGCCAUCAUUAGCAUUAAAAAAUCAAUAUGUACCAUCGUUACUCAUUACUGAUUCUCGACUUGCUGAGCCAAGAAUCAAUCAAUGUGAACAACAGAUACCGAUGAAAACUUCCUUCUCAUGGACUAAAAAAUGGACGAAAUGGUUUUCAUCCUGUGGGUCAGAACGAACGACUCCUAUAGAUUUAAAUUCAAAGUCAAAAUUAAAUGAAAAACGUUCUCGAACCAAGUCUGAAAAUGACGUGUCAAAACGUGCCAGUCUUGAUCACGACGAAAAGAAAAGAUUAUCAACAACCAAUUCAAGUUUUGUUAUCGGAGAAAAUUCGAAAGAAAAUCAAGAAGGAUCUAUAUCCCGGACAACAUCGCAGAAGCAUCAGCAUCUUCAUCAAUCAAACGAUAGAGUUAAUAACUCAAAUAUAGUACUUCGUCGAGAUAAUUCUCGUCGUUAUUCAAAUUCAUUUUUUACCUCAGCACGAUAUAGUGGCAUUCAUACAUCAGUGAGCGCCAUACCAACAGGAACGACGACAACAGCAACAGCAUCAACAUUAAAUACCUCUCAAGCUAAACAACCCACAAAUUUAAGCCGUUCUGUUGAUCGUCUUCAUAGUAAAGCACAUCGUCGAGAAUUACGUUAUGAAGAACAUGAUGAUUACAUUCCACCACCACCACUACAUUCGAUUCAAUGCCAUCCAACAAUAGAUCAUUACAGAAGAAGUUUAAAUCAAUCAACAUAUUUUUCCUCCACUCAUCGUCGUAGUCAGAUAGAUACAUAUAAAUUAUCAUCUAUUAAUAAUCGUUUAGUAUUACCAAGACCUUAUUCAACAAAUAUUCCUAUUUCACAAAGUAUUCAAAUCAUGUCGAAAACAUCACUCGACAAUACUAAUAGCAACAAUAAUAAUAGUGCAUAUGAAAAAUUAUCUGAAUGUCAUUCACGAUUGAUUCCAUUAGAAAAUUCAUCUGUUAAAGCACCACGUCGUAUUGAAUCUGCGUAUAGUCAAUUUCCAAUACAAACCGAGCCAAUCUAUGCAAAUACUCAAUCGCUCUAUGACAAUAUAGUUUUUCCUCAAUCAGUAUCAAAAAUUUCAAAUAUAAAUUUGGAACAAGAAAAAAAGUCCUGUGCUUCCCAAACGCAACUAACAUGGACAAUGGCAACAUUUUCUUCGUUUGUUGAUCUAGAAAAUCAAUCUAUUGUUAUUCCACAACCAGAUCCAAAUACAAUUUACUCGAUUGUAAAACAUCAAAAUGCAUAUAUAUCACCAUCUGCAUCACCAGAAACUAUUCAACAUAUGAGAAGAAUAUCACCAGGAUUACAACACCUUGAUGAUACAAAUGCAGCAUCGUACUACCAACGUCCACUUAAUCCGGCACCAACGAAUAUUCGAGUUGAAAAACGGGAUGGUUCUUUUCAAACUCUUCUUACAAUAGGUCCAUCGGAAGAUAUCGAAUCAAGUAAAAAAUUAUUGAUUCAUGAUGCUAGUUCAUCACCAAAUUCAACCGGUUCAUUAGGUGGAACCAAUGGUCAACUUCAUCAGCAUCAGCAUCAUCAUCAUCAUCAUCAUCGCAGACAUAAAUCACGUAAUAAUUCGAGUCCUAAUCAUAUCUCAACGCGUGAUGUGGGUCUUCAAGUAAAUAUUCAAACAGUGAAAAAAAUAACAUUUUCAUCACAAAAAACUGAUGAUUCAUCAUUGGCAACGACAACAUCAACACCUAAAACUACGAAAACGUCGCCUGUAUUAAAACAUGUCGAAACAAAUACUGAACCAUUAAUAACAAAACGUGAUAAAAGUACAUUUUAUGAAUCGAAUAUUCGUCUAGUAACAUCAUCGUCUCAAACAUUCGAUUCUCCUGCAGUAUCAACCACGAAUUGUCAAACGAAAGCUGCUCAAACAGUAAAUAAAACAUUACGUGAUCAAUCAAUUGAAACAAAUAAUCGUGGUUUAUUUGUAUGUGAUCUUAGUUCACUAUUAUCAAAUGGUUUAGAUGAAUCAUCAUCAUCAUCGAAUUCAGCAUCAUUAAAUACAAAACAAAAAUCAUAA